GUCUGUGAAACUUUAAGGGGAACAUUUGGUGGAAGACAAUGGCAUGACAUAUACUGAUAGAACUGAUUUUUGUUGUGUUAGAUGUUAUAUCUGAACCUUUUUGACAUUUUAUGUUAAUUUUGCGAGGAAGGACCAUAUAUAUAUACACAGGAGAAGAAUUCAAUUUUACACCUUGCAAGCUUUGUUUUUCUAUAUUUUGUAUAAAUUCUUACUGGGGAGGACUCCGUGCAAUAUAUCGAAAUGUCUGAUCCUUCUCGAUUUAAAUUUGAUGUGUUCUAAAUCGUAUAUAGUUUUGGAAAUUUUGUGUAAGAUUUAAUGGGUAAGGGCUAGAUGCAAUAUGUCAAAAAAACUUUUUUUGUUGAAUCAGAAGCACUCCCUACAACCAUUCUUUUUUUUACAGUUUGUGAAGCUUUUGUGAGGAAAGAGUGUAUGCAAUAUUAUCGAAAUGACUGAUUUUUGUUGCAAACUGUUUUUCUUUGGCAUUUUGGAUUAAAAUAUUGUUUUAGAGGGCAUAUGCAGUAGAUAUAUGUACUGAAAUAGUUAAAUUUUGCAAACUUUGAUUUUGUCGUUACCUCUCAUUUUUUACAUUUUGAUUAAACUUUUGUGGGAGACCGUCGGUAUGUGAAGGACCAAAAUAAGAGAUUUUAGUAUUAUUUAGAAUUUGUAUUUUGUGUUGCAAAAUUGGUGCAAAAAUUGACAUAAAAUGAACUUAUAUACAGAUUGAUUGCUGUUGUUUAACAUGACUCAUUAUGACUUAUAUAUAUAUUUUAUGAAAAUUUGUGACAGAAUACUAUGUGAGAUUUGAAAUUUUGUUUACUUUAUUGAUGGUAAAACAGCAUGCAAAUUGCUAAAAGGACUUUAUUAAUUUUAGGUUUAAACACCGUUAUUUUGUUGGCAUUUUGUCUAAAGUUUGGUGAGGAGGGACUGUAUGCAAUAUAUCAAAUAAUGUUUUAUUGCAUUAUAAUUUGUCCUUGCAAAUCCCUUUUUUUACACCUUAGAUAAAAAAUUCUGUCAGAGGCACAAUUUAUUGUUUAUUUUUCACAUUGUGUGUCAACCUAUGGCAGGGUUUGCAAUAAACUAACUGAUUUUAACAUAUACAAUGAGAGAGAUUUGUGUUUGACAUUGAUCAGCUUUUUUGUAUAUAUGUGGCGUUUUAAGUGAUUUAAAUUUUAUGGGUGAGAUGUAUGUUGAAAUGCUUUUGGAAACUUCUUUCCGAAUAAUUUUCGCAUUUGUCAGAUGGUCAGAGCAAGUAAUUUUAGUAGAUUUAGAUUUUAAAUGUCACAUAAAUACUGCAGUUGUUGAAAACUUUUAAUUUUUUUGGUCAUUUAUAUAAUAAUGCAGAUGUAAGAUGCGCACUGCUGUAUUGUUUGUUUUUUGAUGGACAUAUAUCUGCUACAUAAAUUAAAUGGAAUACAGUGGAUUCUUCCACGGGAAACAGCUAGUGACGUUUUAUAGUUCAAAACAUUGCAUCGCGUGAAAGAGUCACAACACAGGCUACACAAUUUGCUAGAAGAAUCUACUUCUUUCCUGCUAUAUUUCUUUUCAAAUCUGUAACAAAUUACUUCUUUGAAAAUACAGUGUUAGUUUUGUAAGCAAUGGAUCAAAUUCGAAGCGAUUCAAGUUCUAACGAAGAUGAAAACGAUGACAUACCUGAUUUAUCCACUCUCAGACCCUUCAAUUUUGAACCAGAAUUUUCUUUGGAAGAACUGAAUAAAUUAGGAACGUGUAGUUCCGAGAGUGAUGAGGAAGAAGAUGAAGUUUCAAGGAUCGGCAAUAAUAACUGGUGCCAAUGCGGUGGUCACUGUAGAGCGAUGGAGUCGUAUAGUGAAAGCUUGUGUUGCAGGGAUACAAAUGAAAUUCCUGACAAUCAUUUUGAAGGAAAACAAUGUAUAACUGAAGCCGAAACUUUUGGGAUGGUUUGUCUAUGUAAACCAGUACUAACCACUGCACUGUCUGCUCUAAAUAAUUUAAGGGGCGAUGCAAUGCACACGGAUAAUUGUUCACUACGUUUUGCCGGUUAUAAACAGUACACGUGGUGGAUACAUAACAGAUUGGGAAAAGGUGUGCGAAAAAUUAUACCGUCGUGUGCUUUAUGGGCAAUUCGUAAUAAAUAUCCAUCUGGAAAUGGUAUUUAUAUCCCAUUCACGGAGAGCAAAUCCGACGACAAACGACUGUAUGAAAACACGGAUUCCGAUUCUGAAUAAAAGAACCAACUUCAACCUUAGAGCUAAAGAGGGGAUUGAAUACUAAUAAAAAAAAAAUUAUUACAAUGUAAACCUUGUUUUCAUAUUUUCAAUGGCUUCUUUUUAUCUGGUUUCUCUCUUGUCGCUAUAUAAUUUGGAACAUCGGCGACUUUGGGAGCUGCGUACCCUUCUUUAGUUGUAACCAAAUACUUAACUUCACUUACAAUAUCCUCUACGUACGACCUUUGCUUUUCCGUGUAAACUUUUUUGACAACCCAGGAGUCUGUUAUCCUCGAGUAUUGUUGCUUAUAGCGAUGCUCUCCAGACGAUGUUUGUGCGUGGGAGGAGCCAGCUCCGGCAUUAAAGUCAAGAACGGCGAGUUGUGACCUGGCAAUCAUUCCUGCGAAGCUAAAGUGUAACCUCUUUGGGCAAUAUUUGUUGUAGAGUGAGUGGUAAACUUCCAAAUUUCCUGUGUGUUUGAACUCGACGAAGUACUUCAAAUCACGCAACAAAGACUUAGCCCGAACUACAGAUUCAAGGGCUUUGUAAGCAGGCGUUCCUUCCAUCAACCAUUUUUUUGAUCGCUGUUCUAAUUUAGAGAGUUUAGAGUGUUCACAUUUGUGAUAUAUUUUGUUGCUUUUCCAUUUGUGUUUGUUCUUUACAUGACACAACAAACUCAGCCAUUUCUCUCGUAGCUCUACCACGUUACCAUUACAAGAGGCGCAACACCACCAGAAAUGAUUUAUGACAGCUUUUACCCAAGGAAGUAAAUCCUUAGCAGUUGUUUUCUUGGCACAUUUGACCAACUUUCUUUUAAUGUUUUUCCCCAUAUGCCAUACGUCAAAAUGGUGCUUAAUAUCCUUCCGUUCUUCUCGCAUGUACUUCCGGAUUUGAACGUGCCUGUCAGUUGCAAUGCCUUCAAUUGACAGUUGAUUUUCUAACAAACGAUUAAGAACAACAAUCAAUCCUUGUUUUUCCAUACGCGACGAAUUCCCAAUUUGGCCGACAUGAACUACAUGAAAGUCAACUAUUUCAUUUGAUUUUGAAUUAAGUAACGUGUAAGUUCCGUACUUUGCACUGUAACCUGGUGAAUCACACCUCCCAUCGCCUGCUAAGUCUAGUGCCUCAUUGCUUUCUAGGUAAGACUGAAAUCGCAAUUCUCGAUGAGUGGAAAAUAUUUUGUGAAUCGCUUGGAAUAUGUACUUUUUUUUGUAUUUCGUAAAAGGUGGUUUUGGACAAAAAAUGUAUUUUUGCGAUUUGCAUCAUUUCUUUAACGCGUUGGUAUGUGUUACCGGAAAUUAAAAUGGCUGAGGAAAGCAAUAGCCUGAUAUUGGCAGAAACAGCAAGAGUUUAUAAAUAUUGAAAUAUAUUCACAAUUGUCUCACUUUAUUGUAGUUAAUCCCUGUUAAUUUUAGUGCUUUUAUCUAUCUAAAAUAAGAUGUGUAAGAUGGAGAGUUGAUUCUUAUAAAAAAUGUUCUUAGGAGAUUUUCUUAUAGCUUAGCGUUUCUUUUUGUCAAUUUUAUUAAUAACUAGAUAAAUCGGAAGACAAUUUUCGGCGAUUUUUGUACCCGCUUACAGCACCCCCCAGGACCCCAGCUGCUAAAUUCAAGACUAAUUCAAAUUAUUUUGACUAAGUCUUGAAAAAGUCUGGAUCCGCCCCUGGUGUUUUUUAACUUUAUCUUUCAGGGUGGGUAUAUUCCUCUCAUAAAUAAACCAAUCCAGGUAACUAAACAAAACUCUACAGUAAUUGAUCACAUCAUAACAAAUGCAUUUUGCGACAAAGAACUAUAUUCGGGUAUUAUCAAAACAGACAUCUCUGAUCAUUUUCCCAUCUUUACACGUCCAAUACAAACUUUGAUAAACAGUCAAACCAUGUAAAAAUAAAAACGCGACAAAUAAAUGAAAAUACAAUAACAUUAUGUAAGUAUUUAUUGGCUAAGGUAAAAUGGGACGACGUGGUAAAAGGGAAGGAUGCAAAUGACGCAUAUGAUAGCUUUCUGAAAAUUUUUUUGGAAAGUUAUGAUGCGGCAUUUCCAGAAGAAAUUAAGUUUAUUAAGACCAAAAUAUUCUUAAAUCCCUGCAUGACUAGGGGCCUCCAAAAAUCUUCCCGAAGAAAACAAAACUAUAUGAAAAAAAUUUAAAAAAGAAAACCUACAGGAAUGAAACACUGUAUAAAAAUUAUAAAAACCUUUUUGAAUUAAUAAAAAAGCGUGCUAAGAAUUUUUAUUUCAAUGAACAAAUUAAUAAAUACAAACAUAAUGCAAGAAAAACCGACCCUGGCGUCGAAAAUAGGUCACAGUGCAAAAUCCUUUAGAUCGUAUUUGUCAUAUUAUGAUAAUGAAAUAGAGAAAAAGAGCUAAGUAAGGAGGAACUAGAAGCAGCAUUUCAUUCUUUGCAAGUCAACAAAAGUCCUGGCUUUGAUCAAAUCAGCAGCAAUGUCUUAAAGAACUGUUUCAAUGAACUAAAAUCUCCACUACUGCAGAUAUUUAAUUCAUGUCUAAUUACAGGCAUUGUUCCUAAAAAGUUAAAAAUAGCUAGAGUUGUCCAAGUCUUUAAAGCGAGGGGAUGUUUAUAAAAUAUCUGACUACAGACCAAUUUCAAUACUCCCCUGCUUCUCGAAGAUUUUAGAGAGAAUCAUUGUUUAUUCUUUCUUGAACAAUAACAAUAUUUUGUAUAAUAAGCAAUUUGGAUUUCAAGCAGGUCAUUCAACUGAUCACUCAAUCGUUCAGUUGAGUCAAGAGAUAAUUCAAGCCUUUGAUAAGGGUCUUUAUUGAUCUCAGCAAGGCAUUCGAUAUAAUCAACCAUGAGAUUCUAUUAGAAAAACUAAAAUAUUAUGGCAUAAAAAUACAUAUCUCGCAUGGUUUAAGAACUACCUCUUCGAAAAAAAAACAAGAAAACCUGUCGGUUUGAACACACAAUCCAAUCCUAAUAAAUCAAUUAGAACAUGGUUAAAAUCUGCCUAUGCAAGAAAGUGGGACGGCUUAAACACUCACAACUGCCAGAAGGCUAUUCUGACUUUCUGUCAGUUGAAACAAGAAGGUUUUCAACUAUCUACGCUUUUGUGGAAAUGUUCUGUUAUAAGGGGUAGCAACAGUACUUGCAUAUAGAGGGUGAUGUAGAUUAAAAAAACACUGCAUAUAAAGAACUUUUACUAUAAAAAAAUAUCAGUAAUAUUUUUUAUUUAUUUUCUUUUAAUAAAUUGUUUUCAAAAACCAUGAAUAACAAAAGAAUACACAAUUAACUAUAUAUAUAUAAGUAUAUAAAAGUAUUGUUUUUAUUAUAUAUAUAUAAGUAUAUAUAUAAUAAAAACAAAGAUAUAUACAACACUGGGUAUGCGAAAAAUUGAUUCCUGUAAAACCCAAUAGACAAGUCCUGUUUGUACCAUUAGCACAUCAUAUUACUGCAAUUUUAAGUAACAAAUUUGCGAAUGAGAAAAAAAUAUCACUUAUAAAAUACAAGGAAUUUAUAAAAAGUAGCAGCUUGGAUGUGAUUCUCAAAAAUCUUCACAAACAUAUCAGAAUAGCAGUAACAUCAGGAAAAAAAGUACAUGUACUUCGGACUUCAAUCCUCAAAAAUUGUGUUAUUUAAAGGUAGGUUUCCUUACGACUGCAUUUUCCGCUUGAGCGGAAAAAUCUCGCGAGCUUUUUUCUCUCGUGUUUGACGUGAAUGGAAAUUAAUUUCCCUCUCAAGAGAAAACGUGCUCAUUCAGAUUCAGAUCCGUAAACAGAAGAUAUGUGUUAUUACAAAAUUUAAAAUUAAUUACAAAUUUAUUUAUGUGGCACCGUGUAAAAAGAAGCAGAACUCGAAAACAUAAACAUAAAAGAAUCUGGAUAAGGAGACUUUUCCAGGAAAGAUUUAUUCUUAUUUGAUAGUGAAUAUUUCUUUAAAUCGUUUCGAAUGACACCAGUAAGAUU